GAAGACCCGCAACACACCAACAGCUCUCCAUCUUAUUUCUGCUUUUGUCUUGAUAACAGUUUCAAAUGCUACUGAUAAGGAAAGUUUUUUCAUAAUACGCUUUUGUUCCUUUGUUGAAAGUUUCAUGACUUGGAUUUACAGUUAAAACUCAAAGAACUGGAUUUUACCAUUUUGCCUUUAACAUCAAAGGAAAAGACACUGGUUCACGACAGUAUAGUGUAUUGUUUUUACAGUGGUGUGUGAAAGAUGUGGGGCUGUAUAACAGAUUUCUUCACUUACGAGACGACAAAGUCUGUGGUGGUGAAGAGCUGGACCAUCGGCAUCAUCAACCGAGUUGUUCAGCUGCUCAUAAUCUCGUACUUUGUUGGUUGGGUAUUUUUGUAUGAGAAGGCCUAUCAAGAGAGAGACACUGCUAUCGAAUCAUCGGUCAUGACUAAAGUGAAAGGAUUUGGAGAGCACCACAAUAAAACCAUGGAUGUUGCUGACUUUGUCACACCUUCACAGGGGGCCUCAGUGUUCUGCAUCAUUACUAAACUCAUCACCACAGAGAACCAGGUGCAGGGCUUGUGUCCUGAGAGUGAGGGAAAAUUUAAAUGUGAACAUGAUGACAACUGCACAAAAUUAAUGACAAAGCCAGGCUCAAAUGGUUUGUUGACAGGAAAGUGUGUGAGCUAUACUGGUUCUAUGAAAACUUGUCAGAUCAGAGGAUGGUGUCCUGCAGAGGUAGAUGAUGUCCCAAUAACGCCCAUGAUGGAGGUUGAGAACUUCACCAUAUUUAUCAAAAAUAGCAUUCGCUUUCCCCGCUUCAACUUCACAAAAGGAAACUUCUUACCCAACAUCAACAGCAGUUAUAUAAAGAAGUGCAAUUUUGACUUUGAACAUAACAGUUACUGCCCUAUAUUCCGAGUGGGAGAUGUGAUCCGGUUUAGCCAUCAGAACUUCACCACGCUGGCUAAUAAAGGUGGAGUGAUAGGCAUAAAGAUAGCCUGGUUGUGUGAUCUGGAUAAAUCAGAGGACGACUGUAAGCCUGCAUACUCCUUUACUCGCCUGGAUUCCAUGUCUGAGAAAACCAGCGUGUCGCCAGGGUACAACUUUAGGUUCGCAAAGUACUUUAAGAUGGAGAAUGGGACGGAGUACCGCACUCUGCUGAAGGCAGUUGCUAUCCGAUUUGAUGUGAUGGUCAAUGGAGAUGCAGGGAAAUUUAAUAUGAUCCCAACUCUAAUCAAUAUGGUGGCUGCCUUCACUUCGGUGGGCGUGGGGGCCGUUCUUUGUGAUAUAAUUCUUCUGAAUUUCCUGAAAGGAGCUGAUCAGUACAAGGCAAGGAAAUUUGAAGAGGUAUCAGAUGCACACAUUGAAAAAUCACCCUCCUACAUCAGCGGCAUGUAUCGGACUAGAGAUCACAGCCAGCUGUCAGUCAGACCUGAAGACAAGUUCUCUAAUGAUUCAGGGGCUUUUUCCAUCGGCCAGUAUGGUUAACAACAUCAUCAGAACUGCUUCUAGUGACACUUAAACACCCCGCACAAUUUCACUUGUAGCUUAAUAUAAAUAUGCACUGUAAAUAGCUGUAAGGUAUCACAUUCUAGUACUGAUUUUAAUAUACAAGGUGUCCUUUUAGUAAUAAAGCACAGAUUUCACAUUCAAGCAAAAAAAUGUUAAUAAUGUACACUAAUGAUCAACGAUUUACUAUAUAUGCAUAUUCAUUAAAGCUAUGCAACAACAUACAGUAUAUGCAGUUGUGCAGUGAUGAAAGAUUGUUAAACAAAUCAAUAACAUAAUUAAUCAGGUUGGUACAAACUUCUGACUGGUACAGUAUGUGCAGAAUAACAUGUUUGGACACAAAACAAAAAGAAUUUUGCCUUUUAAAAAUGCAGCAAAUCUCUCUCUUAUUUUCUGCGAAUACCUCACAGUAAACGGUCCUGUUUGUUUAAAUAAUGCCAGUACUAGCUAUUUUCCAUAGUUAUAACCAUUAAGUAAAUCUGAAGGUAAAAUAACUGAGUAAUAAUAACCUCUGUAAUGUUACUACUAAUUCUACUGAGUAAUAAUAACCUUUAGAAAAGGUGUUCAUAUUUGAUAUGAUAAUAACAAUAAAUUAGUAAGGAAUAAAACACAACAAGGCAUGAUGUUAUAGGAAAAUAAUAAGUGAUGAUUUAGUGUGAUGUUGAUCAUUUUCCAAUAAUGGCAUGUCUUGAAGUGUUUUAUUCCUCUUACACCACAGCAAUUUGCCAACACUAACAUUUUUAAUUAGAGAAUGACAUGUUGUACUUUUUAAUCCACUUAUAGUUACCUUUAACGUUGUGGAACAUCCAUAAGAAAAGUUAGUUCCUGCUAUCACUUACAUUAAUGAAGCUAUAAACAGUCACUCCCUCUCCACUCUGUCUGAAGUCAGAGGAAAACUUAAAGUCACAGCUUUACCUCUGACAGCCAGAGACUGCCACUGGAGACUACUUCCAAAAAUGCUAAAUAAACAUUUUAACAAUCACACACUUUUUAAAUCCAUUUACAUGGAUUAACCAAUUUACAAGUCCCUGUGCAGGUUGAUACUAUAGAAACAAUAGCUGCUGUUAUAGAAAAUUAAUCAACAGGAAAAUUCAAAAUUCAGUAGUGCUAUGGAAUAAUAAAUAAUAAAUUGUUGUGACUGCUCAUCGUUUUGGUAAUAGAUCUAUUACUUUUGGGACACCCUGUAUUUAAACGCUUCAGUGUCAGAUGUAAUAUCUGCAUGGUCAUUUUCAGGCCUAUAGCAAUAGAAGACCAAAGUAACUUAAAGCAUAAAGUAGCACUGUGAGUAGAAGUACAUCUGAAUAUCCACAAUUACACAAGUAGUACCACUAUGUAACAAUUUAGUAAUAGAGAUCAUCAUAUUAAUACAAUCUUAAAUAAUAUUUGAUGACAGGGUUCAAGCCUUUACGAGCUAUUAAUUAAUUAAAAUGAAUGAACAUAAGCAUCAUCGAUACUGAAUUAAAUAGUUAUUUUAACUCUCACUUUAGGUACUCUCUUAGGUAGCUAAUUUCUAUUGCAUGUGUUUAAAAAAAUCACACUGUUACAUGAAAUGGUAGAAUUGGGGAGAUUGGAGGCACUGGAAAAAUUUUGUUUGUAAAGAAAAACAGCAUUGUGGCUCAGAUUCUUGUAGAAGUGUGUGUAGUUUUCACCUGAAACUGUUUUUUCUGCUUGUCAUUGCACAAAAAAUCAUGUGCUCUCAAAUCAUGUGCUCUUUUUUGUUAAGUGGAACUUCACUAUUCACUAAUUUCCACUAUAUUUUCUAAAUCAAUGUGUUUGGUAAUUUUAAGAUGUUGAUUUUAAGAUGAACAAAAUUUGGGAAAUUUGGGAAAAUUUCAUACUAAUGCCUGACAGCUUAGUUCAACUAUAAUAUGGAUCUGCUGGAGAAAUAAAACAGAGAUGGCUGAAAGAAUGUACUUGGAGGAUGUGAAUACUGAGAAGUACUAAGAAAUUGUAAAACAACUUAGUAAGCUGUGGGAAUUCAAUGCUGUAAAUCCAACUUGCAAUAAGACAGUGGUUUAAAAGUUGGAUGUUUUAGUAUAUGUGAUCAACCACUUGUGUAAUCUAUAGUAUGUGUAAUCUGAGUAAUCUGCACUAGUAAAUAUAUCAUAUCAAAGCAACACAA